GGUGCAAAGGCUUCUUUGUGCGAAGCAACAGGGCGCUUGUCUUCUCGUCCGCUUUCGCAUCGAUUGAGUCUACCCGUACACUCUGGCCUCUGCGUUGACCAAGAUUGUAGCAUGCUAUACUUGACUAUGUCAGCCACCUACCAGCAACUGAAAUCGGCCCUUGCGCAGGCGCAUAUCAUCAGACAAGAGACAGACCGCCUUUACAUUGAAGCACAAGCUAAUCUUCAGCGCUCCGAUAACGCCCGCAAGCAGGCUUCAAGCGCGUCUAAGGAGCUUCGAGCCCGUGGCAACCGCGAACAAGGUCGCAAGUGGAAAUUCUUCACAGGUACGGCUCUCACUAGUGCUACACUGAUUGUGGGAGCGUGUUCUAACCGCUUACGUGCGCAUCAGAAGCAACUACGUGCAGAAGUCGACAUUGCGUACAGAGUCGCAGAAGCUGCGGCGCUGCAGGAGGACGCCGCUCUUGAGGAGUUUGAGGCUUCGUGGGCUGCUAUAAAGCAAGGUGCGAGGGACAAGAGGCGGUCCAGGAGCUUUUGAUGGAUUGCAGGCGGAUGUAGAGCGACUCUACCUUGGGUCGCGUCCGUAUUUGCGUC